CCUUCACUUUAUUGUCGCUUUUAGACCUUGAAUUUUCUCAUAAAUCAGAAUAUUAUACCAAAACAACACCAAAAAGAAAUCAGAGUUACCCCUAAGAAUGUCUUCGGAUCAUCACACACCAACGAAAGAUCCACCGGAUCGUCCAUCUUCUUCCUCCAUCAACCACAAGCAACUGCUUCCUUCUCAACCGCAGGCGCAGCAACCGCUCAGCCGCUACGAGUCUCAGAAACGCCGAGACUGGAACACGUUCAUCCAAUACCUAAAAUCGCAGAAUCCACCGCAGAUGAUGUCUCAGUUCGAUUACACACACGUGCUAAGUUUCUUCAGGUACUUAGAUCAGUUCGGUAAGACCAAAGUACAUCACCAAGCUUGUGUCUUCUUCGGACAACCAGAUCCACCAGGACCGUGCACAUGUCCUCUCAAACAAGCUUGGGGAAGCUUAGAUGCUUUGAUAGGACGGUUGAGAGCUGCUUAUGAGGAACAUGGCGGUGGGUCACCGGAUACUAACCCGUUUGCAAACGGGUCAAUCCGGGUUCACUUGAGGGAAGUGAGAGAAUCUCAAGCCAAGGCUCGUGGGAUUCCGUACAGGAAAAAGAAGAGGAGGAAGAUUAAAAACGACGGGGUUGUUGCCAGGAAGGAUGUUGCAAACUCUUCGACUCAUAAUCAGUCGUCCACUUGAUAAUUUAUCACAUAAAAAAAUUCCGAUAUAGGUAAAUCUAU